AUGACUAGCGGAGAUGAUGACAUUGAGAUGAAGGAAGAAGAAGAGCAAAUGGAUGAAGUAGACGAUGAAGAAGAAUCUGACAGCUCAUCAGAUGAUGAUGUUCAAGGUGGAGAUGAUGAUGAAGACGAAAUUCCAGAAAGUCAACGAAAAGCAUACAUCCCAGGACUCUCGCGACCAUUGAAAAAAGGCGAAGAACUCGAAUUCGAUCCAGAUGCCUAUCGACUUUUCCACACUUUCAACACCGAUUGGCCAUGUUUGAGUUUCGAUGUUGUUAAGGAUGGACUUGGCGAAAAUCGCACAAAUUAUCCAGCUGAGUGUUAUAUUGUUGGAGGAACUCAAGCAGAAAAGGCGAAAGAUAAUGAGAUUAUUAUUAUGGGUUUGAAGAACUUGACUGAGAUGCGGGUAAGAAAUUUUUGUUUUUGAGCGGAUUUUUUUUAGCAAAUUCUUUCAGAAACCAAAAGAAGGAAAAGGCGAUGAUAGUGAUACUUCUGAAGACGAAUCUGAAGAUGAGGAUGAGGAAACAAUUAAGAAACGAGAGCCGAAAAUGCACACAGUUACAGUUCCACAUUAUGGAGGGAUUAAUCGAAUUCGAGUGGGUUUUUAGAGAGGAUUGGUGGAUUUUAACCCGCUGAUCACGAUUUCGUUGUCAAAAAGUGCAAAAAUCAAUUCCUAAUAUGAGUUAUGACGUGAAAAAGUUGGGAAAUUCGUGAAUUAUGAGGUCAUAACUUGCUUUAAAAAUGGUUUUCAUGGAAAUCUGAUAGCAUAAAGUUGUUCAGGAGUGUCGAUUACAUAAGUUCACAUUAUUUUUCACAAUUAAAUUAAUUUUAAAAAUUAUUUUCGCUCUGUGAAAAAUGUUCCGAAGUUUUCUGAACAAUCUUUGGAAUGUCAGAAAGUUCGGAACAUUUUUCACUGAGCAAAAAUAAUUUUUAAAAUUAAUUUAAUUGUGAAAAAUAAUGUGAACUUAUGUAAUCGACACUCCUGAACAACUUUAUGCUAUCAGAUUUCCAUGAAAACCAUUUUUAAAGCAAGUUAUCACCUCCUAAUUCAUGAAUUUUCUAACUUUGCCACGUCAUAACUUAUAUUAGAAGUUGAUUUUCACACUUUUUGACAGCGAAAUCGUUGUCAGCGGGUUGAAAAGUACCAGAAAUUCAAUUUUCCAGUCCGAACGUCUCGGAGACAGUACAGUUUGUGCGUGUUGGAAUGAUCAAGGACGUGUGCAAGUGUGGAAUAUCACAGAUGCUCUCAACACCGCGCACGCCAUGUCAGGAGCCACUCAAUCCACAGAGCACAAAAUCGAUCGUCCACUCUUCACACAUCCCGGAACUGGCAAGGAGGGUUACGGUUUGGCGUGGUCGCCGUUGAAGAAGGGAGAUUUGGCGACGGGUGAUUGGAUAAGGAAGAUCUUCUUGUGGCAAAUGAAAGAGGGUGGACAGUGGGCGGUUGGAUCGACACCAUUGACUGGACAUAAGAGUGAGUUGAGAGGGGAAAUGCUGAAAAUUUUGAAGAAUUUCAGAUUUUUUUCUGGAAAAGGGUCCUUUUUUAUAUUAAAAAAAAUCAGAAAUGUGUAUUUUUUGAGCUAUUUUAUAUUUCAGAAGAAAAACAGGAUUUUUGAAAUUUGCCACGUCAUAGCUCAAAAAUUUCCAUCUGGGCUGAAAAAUGAAAAAUACUCUAAAUUUUCUAGGCUUAUCAGGACCAUAA